AUGCCACCUAAACCUAAAGAAACGGCAAAGAAAACAUUACCACCAGUAACAAGGCCGGAAAUAAGCAAUGCAAGUUUAAACUUUGUUCCUAAUGAAGCCAUAGAAGGUUAUCAAGAAAGAAUAGAAAGUGGCGUGGAUUGGACUCUUGAAGAGGAAGCGGCACGUCAUCACAAGCAAAAUUAUAAUAAGCAUUUAACGCAAGUCCCUUUUACACAAUCAUUGGAUACCAAAAUUAGCAAAAGUAUUUUACAUAGCUUUUUCGAUAAAAAUUCUACUAUCAGUCUUAAAGAUCAAUGGGAAUUGAUAUUACCCAUCACAAUAUGGGAUAAUGAAAAAUUCGCUAAUGAGCAAAGCAGAGUAUGCUUUCGUAAUUUUAUCUGUAUUACUGAUGAUAUAUUAAACUUAAUUAAAAAAGCUGUCCGCCUUGGUGAUCGAAAGAUUUUAAAACAGGAAUUCAAAAAGGUCACUGUUUUAAGGGUAAACGACUCUAAAAUGACUAAAUUAGACAAAGGUCUAACUGGAUUUCAAAAACUUGUCCGGCUUAAUUUGUGUGGGAACUUCCUCGGUAAAAUAGAUGCUAGCAACAUACCACGUGGAAUAAAGGUUCUUGAGUUACAAAGCAAUUUCAUCAAAACUGUAGACGACCUUGCUACUACGGAUUUACCUUUUUGUCUACAAUAUUUAGGAUUAGCAAAAAAUAUGUUAGAAGGUGUCGAAGGGUUCAGUAAAUUGCCCAGCAGUAUUACUAUUUUGGACUUGUCUGAUAACGACAUCUGUGAUUUAGUGCCGACACUAAAUGCUCUUACAACGUUGCCAAAUCUCAUUUCACUACAGCUUACUGGCAAUCCAUGCGCAGUAUGUGCAGCAUACGCUCGAACUACUUUAUCAAAAUUACCAAAACUACAAUGGCUAGACCUGCGUGAGAUUCUACCUUCGGAUCGGCCUGAUGGAGAAUUCGAUCCUCAUCCUGAUGACUUACGGUCAACAUAUUUUAACUUCACUAUUUUCCGAAUUGUGUCUGCUCCUUCACCCCCAAAAGCGGAUAAGGGAGCUACAACAUCAUUUCAUGUAGAGUUGGAACUGCCUUUGUUAGAUGCAACAAGGAGAAGAUUUCUGAUGUUUCGAAAUAAUGAAUCCCUGACUGAAAUGUUGCCACUGCCAGAAGACGAUGAAUGGGUACCACCCAGCAGGAUACUAUCGACCGUAAAAAGUAAAUCUGUUCUGGGUGAAACAUCAUCACAUGGAUCAGAUGUAUAUAACCGCUUAACUGCUGUAAACUCCCGGGAAAUUCGUCACUAUACUACAUUCGAAAGCAACCGGGUCCAAUGGAAUAAAGUCAUGAACUUCCAGGAGCCAGCUGUCAGAAUAUUCUGUCCAAACCUUAAUGCACUACGAGACACUUUCCGAACAGUCGUUACCCUAAGGCUUGUAUAUACUGUGAGUGCUCCUUCAAAACAAGUAAAGGGUGAUAAGAAGAGUGCUCAAUCGAUGAAGACACUUCCAUCAGAACAAAGGGCCACGAUAGCGACUAUAAAAUGUGUCCUGAAAAGACCAGAUUGGAGUCAAACGUUUCAACAAUUCCAUUGGGACGAUUCUCUUGGUAACGAUGAAGCAAUACAUUGGGAAGAUGGAGAUCUUUCUACCUUGCAAUAUAGUCAAGCUCCAAUAAAAGCAACGAAAGGUAAAGUUGAAACCGACCUUGGUUUCGUUAGGCAACAACCGCCUGAAAAUCUUACAUGUCAUUUUGGAUUUGGUAUUGAUACUCUACGAUCUUAA